GAGUCUCGGUGGGAAUUUCAUUUGUAAGAAAAUAGAUUGAGUGGGAAAUAAACAAAAUUAAAGAAAUUUAAGUUGCGAUUUGCGCAAUUUUCUCGGAAAAGAAAACAAUGAAGGAACUAUCCAUAAGGCCGCCUUUCCGAUUCUAAAGGCAGUGAUAGAUGGCAGUCAGAAGCCUGAGCUCACUACCAGCCGUCCGAUUCGAAGCCUCAAAAUCAAACGGUGCUCUUCCUCCGCGGCGGAAUCCAGAGGCGCGGCCCCGACUCUCCCUCUCCAAGCCCUCUUGGGUCGUCCGUACAGAGUCAAAUGUUCACAGAGAAGUAAGGAAGAAGCCGGAUCCUCCUUGUGAAGUCUGCACUGGGAGCGGAAGGGUCAAUUGCCACGAUUGUUGUGGAAGAGGAAGGACAAAUUUUAUUGACAUGAAGAUGCUCCCCAAAGGAGAAUGGCCAAAAUGGUGCAGGACUUGCGGUGGAAGUGGUCUCGGUUACUGCUCCCGCUGCCUUGGGACUGGUGAAUAUCGGUAUAUAAUGGGAUUUCAGUUCAUGAAGAUGAAUUCAUCUCAUAGCAGAGACGAUAAGAAUGAGGCUCAAUGCAAGCAAGACCGCCGUUCUGCAGCAGAUUUCUACAAAGGGUAAAUAAUAAAUAUAUAUACGUUUUGACAGACUCAGUCGAUGUUGUACCAAAAUUCGGUUAUGUAAAAGUAGGAAUGCUAUCAAUAGUUCGGAUCAAGUAUCUGCUCUCAGUAAUGCACAAUCGGAUUGUUAUUCAAUUCAGAUGGAAAAGCGCUUCUUAGUGUAUACAUUGUUUUAGCAGACCAACUCGAAUCAAAUCCCUUGGAGGAAACAGAAACCCAUCUCCAGCUUCAAGCUUCUUAGUGUAUUGAUUGUUUUUCGUGUUGGUUAGGCCUAAUUCCAAGGAACCAUCAGGAACAUAAAUCCAGAUGCGCCGGGGUGAGUGUGAGGUGGGAAUAGUGAGUUUGGUGGAAGAUGAAGCGUUGCGUUUGACACACUCAGGUCGUUAAGAAAAGGAAACUCGACCACGCUUGCCUUGAGGGAACUGGAAACUCGACGCUUGCCUGUGUUGCCUUUUGAGGAGCUAAAUAAUCAGCUUGUAUUGUUGAGAUUUGUGUUGUCAUUUUCUCUGUUUUCUUCUUAGUUGGCCUGAGAGUCACGGACAAGACGGCAUAGAUAUAUGCUUACCGGAGCUGUAUACACUAUACGGCUAACAAUAACAUCAACUUAAUUAGUUAA